GAGACAAACAAAAGUCAUAUUGCCAAACAUUAUUUGUAUUUUGUACCACCCAUAUCCCUCUUCCAUUACUUUACAAAAUGAAGCUGUUUAUUCUUGUAGCCUCUCUAUGCCUGACUUUGAGCACAGUCUCCUCAAGUCUUCAACCAUACGAGGCAAUUUUCAACUUCGGUGACUCCCUUAGUGACACCGGAAAUUUCCUCCUCUCUGGUGCUCUUGCAUUCCCAGUCAUCGGAAAGCUCCCUUAUGGAGAGACCUUUUUUCGACGUGCAACCGGCCGGUGCUCCGAUGGACGACUUGUCGUUGAUUUCAUUGCUGAGGCACUUGGGUUGCCACAUUUGCCACCCUACCUGGCACUAAGCAAAGGCCAAGAUGUGAAGCAUGGAGUGAACUUUGCUGUUGCUGGAGCCACUGCGCUUGACCCACAAUUCUUCUACCAAAGAAAAAUCGGAUCCGUUAUGUGGACAAACGAUUCCUUGAGCACUCAGCUUGGUUGGUUCAAGAAGCUUAAGCCCUCACUUUGCACCACCAAACAAGAGUGUGACAACUACUUCAAAAAGGCUCUGUUUCUGGUGGGGGAGAUAGGUGGAAACGAUUACAACUAUGCCUUCUUUGUUGGUGGAAACAUUAAACAGCUCAAAGCUUCUGUCCCAUUUGUUGUUGAAGCAAUUACUCAGGCCACCAGUGCAUUGAUAGAGGAAGGAGCAGUGGAGUUGGUGGUGCCCGGAAACUUGCCGAUUGGGUGCUCAGCUGUGUAUCUGACUCUGUUUCGAAGCCCCAACGAAGCUGUUUAUGAUAAACGAAAUAGGUGUUUGAAGGCAUUCAAUGGUUUCUCCAAGUACCAUAACAGUGAGCUCAAGCGUGCCCUGGGGGCACUUAGACUAAAAUACCCUCAUGCAAGGAUUAUAUAUGCUGACUACUAUGGUGCAGCCAUGCCUUUUUACCAUGCCCCUCAGCAUUAUGGGUUCAAAAGUGGGACAUUAAGGGCUUGUUGUGGAGGGGGAGGGCCAUACAACUUCAAUAAUUCAGCAAGGUGUGGGCACAUUGGAUCAACAGCCUGUAAAGAUCCAUCUUCCUAUGCAAACUGGGAUGGAAUUCACUUAACAGAAGCAGCUUAUGGGCACAUUGCCAAGGGCUUGAUCCAUGGCCGUUUUGCCACACCCCUCUAGGCUCUAGCUUUAUAAUACAUUAGCUACUUUGCCUUUGUCUUACAAUUGGUUCCUUUUAUAGAUUGCCAUUGUUGGUGUGUGCGCAGCGCAAUAUAUUACCGUAAAGAAAUAAAUUUACCAUUUUGUUCAAAAUA